AUGCUAGGCCCUAUUCCUAAUAAUAAGGUGGAGUCUUUUGGUCUGCGUACUGAUUGUGAAGCAUUGAAGGCGCAGAUGAAGAGCUGGCUGGAGGGCUGUGUCGCAAGCCACCCCGAAUGCAAAGCCCUGCCUUCUAUCAGUGACUACAUGCCCACGCGAGUCCUGGAUAUUGGCUCCUCAGAUGAAAAGAAGCAUUACAUGACCAUGAGCCACUGCUGGGGCAAGAACAAGUUCGUCGAACUUACAGCUGCAAACUUUACCAGGUUCAUAACUGAGGGAGUCACAUGGAAAGAUGCUCCUUGGGCAUCCCAAGAUGACAUCUAUAGUAAUAAGAACUUCCUAGAGGGCAUUGAGAUCACAAGGGAACUAGGAAUACAGUACAUCUGUAUUGAUUCCCUCUAUAUCUUUCAGCACGAUGAGAAGGACUGGAAUAUAGAGGCGAAGCUUAUGCACAAGGUGUACCGGAACUCCUACUGCAACCUGGGUGCUGUUGACUUGGAAGAUUCCCACAGGGGACUAUUUGGAGAUCGUAACUGCGAUGUGCUGCUUAGCAGAUACGUUCCCAGGAAACGCAUGUUAUCCCCACGCCUCCUCCAGUUUGGUCGGGGCCAGAUAUUCUGGGUCUGUGCCACCAUCUCUGCCUGCAAAGCCCUCCCUGCUGGUUUACUGCUUCCCCUUGACACUAAAGCGGCUGUGGACAGGCACUAG